ACCGGUAAUGUUACUUCUAUUGGCGAAGCUUCUAGUGCUGAUGAUUAUGUAGCCAGUUUAACGUGGUCUUCUGAUGGUGAACAUUUGGCGAUUGGGAUGAGUGACGGUGAUGCGCAAAUCUGGGAUGUCAGUAAAGAGCAAAAAAUUCGAUCAAUGUUGGGACAUUCCGCGCGUGUUGCUGCUUUGUCUUGGCGAAACUUUGUAUUAUCGUCAGGUUGUAAAGACGGGAAUAUAUGGAAUCACGAUAUAAGGAUAGCGGAACACCGUAUGGCUGAAUUAUCGGGACAUAGAGAUGAAGUUUGUGGUUUAAAAUGGCGUUCUGAUGGACUCCAACUUGCUAGUGGAGGUAAUGACAAUAGAGUUAACAUAUGGGAUUGCAGAUCUAGCCUGCCAAAAUAUUCAAAAGAAGUUCACGUAGCGGCAGUAAAGGCUAUCGCAUGGUGUCCAUGGCAGACGAAUCUGUUGGCUAGUGGUGGAGGCUCACAUGAUCGUACCAUACAUUUCUGGAACACGAGUAACGGUAAUCGCCUUCAAUCAAUUAAUACAGGCUCACAAGUAACUUCAAUCGUUUGGUCCAGGGAAUAUAAGGAACUUUUAUCCACCCAUGGAUUUCCUGAUAACAAUUUAACAAUUUGGGCGUAUCCUUCCUUGCAAAAGAUCGAAAACAUAAAGGCUCAUGAUACUCGUGUGCUACAUUCAACGCUUAGUCCUGAUGGACAAUUCGUAGCAACUGCAUCGAGUGACGAAAAUCUGAAAUUCUGGAAAAUUUUUGAAAGUAGAGGAAAAUCUAUAAGAUCAAAGAAUGGCGAAAAACAGAAUAAUGGAACGCUUGAAAAUAAUUCCACUAUUCGUUAG